GCGCGCUCCCGCAGCCCCAGUGCGCGCCCCCGCUCUACAUGCUCGGCCCCCACUCUUUUCCGUCUUCGGUGUCGCCGUACGGGCACAGCUGAUCAGCGACUAUCGUCACCCUCCGUGUUUCCCCCGCAACAGAGAUCCCCUUCUCCCGCACGCCGCCUGGCGCUGAGGUGCAACACUUCCCUGACAGCUGAGGCGCCCCGUCGUUCGGAGGCUUCUCCCCUUCCCCCAGACCCGAUUCUGUCCGUGGAGGAACCCCCACCCGGAGCAAAUAUUCCGGAGAAAAAGAGACUCCCGGAGAGGACUGCUGCGGAGAUGGAGGCGGUGGGGCCCGGCCCUCCACCGACUAACCUCUUCCAGCCUCCGCGGCGUCCUGGCUUGGGAACCCUUGGAAAGCCAAUAAGGCUCCUGGCAAACCAUUUCCAGGUACAAAUACCAAAAAUCGAUGUCUACCAUUAUGAUGUGGACAUUAAACCUGAGAAAAGACCCAGGAGAGUGAACAGGGAAGUGGUUGAUACAAUGGUGCGACACUUCAAGAUGCAGAUAUUUGGAGACCGCCAGCCCGGAUACGAUGGAAAAAGAAAUAUGUACACUGCACAUCCACUGCCAAUUGGGAGAGAAAGGGUUGAUCUGGAAGUGACUCUUCCAGGUGAGGGUAAAGACCAGACUUUCAAAGUGACCAUUCAAUGGGUUUCAGUAGUCAGCCUGCAGCUUCUCCUGGAGGCAUUGUCUGGACAUGUGAGUGAGGUUCCUGAAGACUCUGUGCAAGCUCUUGAUGUUAUCACCCGUCACUUGCCGUCUAUGAGGUAUACCCCUGUUGGGCGUUCAUUCUUUUCACCCCCUGAAGGUUACUAUCAUCCCCUGGGUGGGGGUCGUGAAGUUUGGUUUGGAUUUCACCAGUCCGUGCGUCCGGCAAUGUGGAAUAUGAUGCUGAAUAUUGACGUUUCCGCAACUGCUUUUUAUCGUGCUCAGCCGGUCAUUGAGUUCAUGUGCGAAGUUCUUGAUGUUCAGAACAUUAACGAACAGACCAAGCCUCUGACGGACUCCCAGCGUGUGAAAUUCACCAAAGAAAUAAGAGGUCUAAAAGUGGAGGUCACACAUUGUGGGCAGAUGAAGAGAAAAUAUAGAGUGUGUAACGUUACCAGAAGACCAGCAAGUCAUCAGACUUUUCCUUUGCAGUUAGAGAAUGGCCAGGCAAUGGAGUGUACAGUGGCUCAAUACUUCAAGCAGAAAUACAGUUUGCAGUUAAAAUAUCCUCAUUUACCUUGUCUGCAAGUGGGCCAAGAGCAGAAACACACCUAUCUACCCCUUGAGGUCUGUAACAUUGUGGCUGGACAACGAUGCAUCAAGAAACUGACUGAUAACCAGACUUCCACUAUGAUAAAAGCAACUGCCAGGUCAGCCCCAGACAGGCAGGAAGAGAUCAGCAGACUGGUGAAGAGUAAUAGCAUGGUGGGAGGACCAGACCCAUAUCUGAAGGAGUUUGGCAUAGUUGUACAUAAUGAAAUGACAGAGCUCACUGGCAGGGUGCUUCCAGCUCCCAUGCUUCAGUAUGGUGGCCGGAAUAAAACUGUGGCUACUCCAAACCAGGGUGUCUGGGACAUGAGAGGGAAGCAGUUCUAUGCUGGCAUUGAAAUCAAGGUUUGGGCCGUUGCUUGCUUUGCACCUCAGAAACAAUGCAGAGAGGACUUGUUAAAGAGCUUCACUGACCAGCUAAGAAAAAUAUCAAAAGAUGCGGGGAUGCCAAUCCAGGGUCAGCCAUGCUUCUGUAAAUAUGCACAGGGUGCAGACAGUGUGGAGCCGAUGUUCAAACAUUUAAAACUUACCUAUGUUGGUCUCCAGCUAAUUGUGGUUAUCCUUCCUGGGAAGACUCCUGUGUAUGCUGAGGUGAAGAGAGUGGGGGAUACACUCCUUGGUAUGGCUACUCAAUGUGUGCAGGUUAAAAAUGUGGUGAAGACCUCUCCGCAGACGCUGUCCAAUUUAUGCCUGAAGAUCAAUGCUAAACUUGGAGGCAUAAACAAUGUUCUGGUCCCACAUCAAAGGCCCACUGUGUUCCAGCAGCCAGUUAUAUUCCUGGGUGCAGACGUAACUCAUCCUCCUGCUGGGGAUGGCAAGAAGCCUUCUAUUGCUGCUGUAGUUGGCAGCAUGGAUGGUCAUCCAAGCCGCUACUGUGCUACCGUGCGUGUGCAGACUUCCCGACAGGAGACAACCCAAGAGCUGUUGUAUAGUCAGGAAGUCAUUCAAGACCUUAGCAACAUGGUGCGGGAGCUUCUCAUCCAGUUUUAUAAGUCAACUCGGUUCAAGCCCACGCGUAUUAUCUAUUACCGUGGUGGGGUGUCCGAAGGUCAGAUGAAACAGGUUGCAUGGCCAGAGCUGAUGGCUAUUCGGAAAGCCUGCAUAAGUCUAGAAGAGGAUUACAGACCUGGUAUUACAUACAUUGUUGUUCAAAAGCGUCAUCAUACCAGACUUUUUUGCUCUGACAAAACUGAGAGGGUGGGAAAAAGUGGAAACGUUCCAGCGGGCACUACGGUAGACAGCACCAUUACACAUCCAUCAGAAUUUGACUUCUAUCUCUGUAGCCAUGCUGGUAUUCAGGGAACAAGUCGCCCGUCUCACUACCAAGUUCUUUGGGAUGAUAACUGCUUCACGGCUGAUGAGCUGCAGCUCUUAACUUACCAGCUGUGUCACACAUAUGUGCGCUGUACACGGUCUGUAUCUAUCCCAGCUCCUGCAUACUAUGCUCGACUGGUUGCAUUCAGAGCAAGAUACCAUCUUGUGGACAAAGAUCAUGAUAGUGCCGAGGGAAGCCACGUGUCUGGACAAAGCAACGGCCGUGAUCCUCAAGCUCUGGCCAAAGCGGUUCAGAUUCAUCACGACACCCAGCAUACAAUGUACUUCGCCUGACAGCAGCAGGAUGCCGCACCAAACUCCCUUCUCCUCAGAGCCCUAAAACAUAUGGUUGAAACAGUCUCCUGUUAUUGUCAGGGAUGGCGCUCUUGGCUUCCUACCAGCACACUUUGGACUUUUUGCACUGAAUCUCUUCACAGUCUGAUCCGAAUCGAGGAAAGUUGUGGAAUAGUCUGUUUUAAAUGUUUAUUUAAGUAUAUCAAAACCUUAAACUGUCUUCUAAUGCGUUGGACUGAAUCUUUACCUCAAACUUGCAAGAUAUCUGACGAUUUUGCUCCAAAUGUUUCUUUGAAUAAUUUUUUUCCUUUUGAACGCCAGCAUUUCUCCAUCCUUGGUUCCAGCAAGAGUUGACAUACUUUGUCUUAACUACAUGCUGCUUUGCGAGUAUAUACCAUACAUAAGUGGUAAAGUAGAAUUGUGUGGGGCCAUAAACUUGCUAAAUGAGGUCUAGUCUUUACUGUAAGAUACCUUUUUAAUUUUUUUACAGGUAUUGAGGUCUGUCAGGUUCUUUACCAUUGCAGACUUAUACUUUUUAGCGUGUAUGAGCUGCAAGACUAUUGCACUAUAUUGCAAAUGAAUUGAUUUUUCUGUAUAAAAUGAAUGUGUAAUAUAAAUAAGAUUUUAAUAUAAGGGCCACGUGGCACACACUGCCAUUGGUUUUAAAAAAAAUGCAGAUUGCCAUUACUUUUUUUUUUUCCUGCUGCCCUCCCCAGGAGACAUCCACUUCCCAUCCAAACGAAAUAUAAGUAUUUUGCCAGCACAUGAAAACGCCCGUGUUAUGCUGCUGUGAUUUGAUAACAAUUUUUACUCUUGUAGGAAGGGUUGGGGUUUGGAAUACUUUCUGGCAAUAAUUCUAUUCAUAGCCUCACACAGCAUUUCUACGUGUAACUGUUGUAUAUGUAGCGUCGUCGUCGUCCCCCCCCCUUUUCUGUCUUAAAACGACUGGUGCAGCCGAGGGGUUUCUCUUUAGUCUUAAUCGUGUUUUUAUGCUGCCCACAGAUGUCUCAGGCACCCGGUGCUUACUGACAUUUCGGGCUUCUCUGCCAGCGGGGCAGGCCCUGUUAUUGGCACAUAACUCCUCAUUGGUUCAAUGACUAACGUAGCAGCCAUGAGUCGGUAGAAACCUCACCAUUUUAUACCAGCAUUUUCUAGCUGUGAGGGGUCUCUGAACUCAACUCACCCCCUUCCAUGUCACAGGGCCCACUAAUGUGUUGUCGACCCCAUGUUGCUGCAUUGCUCCUUUUGUUUCAGAAAGGCUACCAGUAAAGUCUGUUGUGUGCUGUCUUGACCCGUACAAUGUUCUGUAAUGUGAUAAUGCCAGCCAGCUAUUCAUUAUCUCUGUAAAUACCUCAGAUCACUUACUGUUAUGGUUUGCUCUGUCCCUUCACCCCACCUUUACUUUGCAGCAUGGCUAUAGGUUUGACCAGCACUUUUUUUUUUUAAUUUUUUUUCAGCUUCUGCCUUUUUUUAUUUUUUUCCCCCUUCCCACACGCAAA